UUUUUUUACAGAUUCACCGCACAACCUUUAGUGAAAACAAUUUUUGACCAAGGUUUCGCUACAUGUUUUGCUUACGGACAGACAGGCUCAGGGAAAACGCAUACAAUGGGUGGCGAUUUUACGGGUAAAAAUCAGAAUUGUGCCAGCGGCAUCUACGCUUUGACCGCGAGUGACGUUUUCAAAAUGCAACACUCACAACAAUAUAAAAAGUUGAAUUUGGUAGUUAGCUGCAGCUUCUUUGAGAUAUAUGGUGGAAAGGUAUUUGAUCUACUAAAAGAAAAAGCUUUAUUACGAGUGCUUGAGGAUGGCAAGAAAGAAGUUCAAGUUGUUGGGCUGGAAGAAGUACCUGUGAACUGUGAGAACGAUGUGCUCGAUUUAAUCCGACAAGGUACAGAUAUGCGCACGGCAGGUGCAACAUCUGCUAACUCCAAUUCCAGCAGAUCCCAUGCAGUUUUUCAAAUAGUUUUAAGGAGAAACAACAAAUUGUGGGGAAAAUUCUCGCUAAUAGAUUUGGCUGGUAAUGAACGCGGUCAAGAUACCGGGAAUUCCGAUAGGCAAACUCGCAUGGAAGGAGCAGAAAUCAAUAAAUCGCUUCUUGCUCUUAAGGGCACUGUUUCAGGAAUGUAUAAGAGCGAUGGCGAAGAAUAG